AUGCGGAGCUUCGGCUUCGUAACUUUGGCGGCGCUCGCAGCACGCGUCGCAGCCUACAGAGUACCAAUCAGUGACAAUGACGAUUACCGAGAGAUCUGCUCGGGCAUGUACGGCGGUAAGGACGCCUACAUUGAGGGCCAAGUGGCUCUCGUCAUUUACGAGUGGAAGGACAUCAACUACCUCGGCGCAGAGCAACCGCAAGACUCGCUCGCCCCGAAGCAGUACAUCUGCACCUCCAAAGCCGUGAGCGCGGGCCAGUGUUCGCUGGACCAGCUGGGCGGUUUCAUUACGACUGCGCCAAAGGACGCCGAGUCGACGAUCUACACGACACCGCUGCGGUUCGGAUCCGGCGGCUCGGGGGCGGUGGGUUCAGACAGUCAUGUCUUCGCCCCCGGCUCUGGCGACCACGACGACGAGGACGGCUUGCGCCGCCGCGGGCUCAAGUUUGACCGCGACAUGUUCCCACACGUUCGAAUCGGACGUGCCGGCGCCGAGAACGUCGAGGGAACGACGCACAAGCUCCCUGGCUCUUGGAACCCCGACCAGGGCAAGAACGCGGCGCAAGAGGGCGAGGGUUGGGCCGGCGACGCCAAGCCCGAUACGCACACCAAGGUCGACUUUGAUGGUGAGGCGGCGCACAACGUUGCGCCUACCAAGGUGGACUUUGACGGCGAGGCGGCGCACAACGUUGCUCCGGAGGGCGGCGAGGUCGACGAUAACCCCAACGUCGAUGGUCCUGAGGCGACGUCAGCCGAGGCCGCGGCCGCGCAGACGACCGAGGACACGAAGGGGGGCACGUCUGGAACCGACAAGGACAAGAAGCCGGCACAGGAGGCUGAGCCUGACACGACCGAGAAGCCCGACACGGUCGAGGAGGAGAAGGUCCCUGUCAAGCCGCCGACACCCGUGGGUGGCAGCGCCCAGAUCGAGGGCAAGGUUAAGCAAUACACCGAGCCUAUUCACUACAAUGUGCCGAAGACGGGAUACUACUGCGUCGGCGUCGUGCCAGUCACGCUCGUCAAGGGCGACCAGGCCGAGCAGCACGAGCGCCGUGUGUUCCACGAGGACGAUGUGCUUGACCCCCGUGCCACGAACCAGCGCGGUUCGUACGAGGGCGUCGUCACAUUCCGCAACCAGUUCCAGGGCGAGCUCCCCGCUGCCGAGUACCCCAAAAUUGCUUGGUACAUCUCCGGCACGAUUGUCUUCCUCGUGAUCGAGAUGAUGGCGCUGUUCGGCUACUACCGCUACGUGAACAAGCACGGAGGCGGUGCGGGGUCGCUCGCGUUCCUCAUUGUCACGGCGGUGCUGAAUGCGGGACGCACGACGCUGUCCUUCUUCCUGCUGCUCAUCGUGUGCAUGGGUCUCAGCGUCGUGACGCAGUCGCUCGGCACGGUCAUGUACCGCGUGUGGGUCCUGACCGCGUUCCACUUCAUCUUUGGCGUUGUCUACUCGGUGGGCACGGUGAAGGUGGCGCUGGACACGGCGUCGCUCUGGCUCGUGCUCUUCAUGAUCUUCCCGCUCUCGAUCACGCUCACGACGUUCAUGAUGUGGAUCAUCGUGUCGCUGAACAACACGAUUCUUUUCCUGAAGGAGCGCAAGCAGUCCUUCAAGCUGCGCAUGUUUGAGCGUCUGUGGCGUAUCCUCAUUGGCGCCGUGAUCGCGAUCGCCAUCUUCUUCGUGCUCUCCUCCAUCUCGCUCUCGAACAGGAUGGACGACGACUAUCAGCCCAAUCACUGGAAGUGGCGCUGGGUGCUGCUCGACGCCUCGCUCGCGACCAUCUACCUCGUCGUGUUUGCGCUGAUUGCGUGGCUCUGGCGCCCAACCGAGAAUAACAUCCGCUUCAGCACCUCGCAGGAGCUGGCGCAGGACGAGGAGGACGCCCAGGAUUACGAGAUCGAGACGUACGAGCGCCGUCCAGAGACGCUUGGCCUGCAGCCGAUCAGCUCGCGCGACCCGCAGACGAUCGGUGGCGAGCCGCAGCUCCGCGCCCGCGACGAAUUCGAGCACGAGGCGUCAGAGGGCAAGGCGCUCUUCGACGCUGACCACGGCUCGGACUCGGAGUCCGAGGACGAGCUCAAGAAGCCCGGUCACAAGCAUACGGAGAGCUACCGCCGUGUCGACGCUUUCGGCAAACCUGUCAACGUAGACCUGGGCGCGAGUGCGUCAAGCUCGCGCACGCGGGUGCAGGAGGACAGCGCCAUUUUCUCCAUGGGCGACAGCAGCGAUGACGAGGUGCGCUCGGCCGUCAGCAUUGACCUGAGCGACGAUGAGGGCGGGUUGCUGAAGAGUAAGCGGGAUUAG